UAUUUCUGUUUGGAUCGAGAGAAACUGAGAUUUCUCGUCGAGCCCUACGGCUGCUCGGGCUCUUCACUGGAAAAUCUCUGUCCCUUUUCUUCGAUAUUCCCUCCUCCGUUCUCUGCGUCACUUCCUUCUUUGCUCCACGAAAACAUCCACUUUCUUUAUCGGGAUUCUUUCCCCUUUAUCCGGAUAUUUCCUUGCAGGUCCCGACAUUGAAGGUUUGAACGAGGAGGAGAUCGGUGAUUUUCAACAAUCGGAUUUUCAGACAGGAUCAGAAGCAGAUGUCUGCGAAUCCAUGCGCAGCCUGCAGGCUCAGGAGAUGCAAAUGCACACCGGAAUGCAUCUUCGCGCCAUAUUUCCCCCCCAACCUCCCCCAAAGGUUUGCCAUUGUCCACCGCGUCUUUGGAGCAAGCAACAUAGCCAAGAUUCUCAACGAGCUGCCGGUCGAACAUCGGCAGGAUGCGGUCAACUCUCUCUUCUACGAAGCGCAUACCCGUAUACAGGACCCGGUCUAUGGCUGCGUCGGCCUCAUCGCCUACCUCCAGCAGCGCCUCAAGCAAGUUAAUCGAGAUCUCGUCUCUGCCAAGACCGAGCUCGCAUACCAGUUGGAAGUUGCGGUUAAUUCGGCGGUGCCCUAUAUGCCUGUGAUGGGCAACCCCCCUCUGCCGAAUUUCACGGCUGUGCCAUAUGGUUGGGUGCCCGCAAUGGGAAUGCAGCAGCAGCAGCAGCAGCAGCAAGGACAACAUCUGACAGAGUUCGACAUGCAGAGGAUGGAAGAAAUGUUUCUGAACAGAGGAGAACAAGGGAAUGUCGGUGGUUAUGGGAUCGACGUAGAUGGCGCGGUCACUGCCACGGGGUUCAACCAGAUGGAUGCAGCCGGGCCGUCACUGGCUCUAGGCUUCUAUUCUGAUGCUGCUUAUCAGACCGGACAAGAACCCGGGCAAGAACAUGGGAUUGACCCUUAUCAGCUUCAGACACAGCUCGUGCUUCAGCCCCCGACACCUCAGGACCAAACCCCAAGAGGUGAGGCUGCAGAUAGGUAAUGGAGGGAGGACCCUCUUCUUGAUUCAAUUCUCCACACAGUUCAUCUGAUUUUGACUUCCUGAAUGGUUAUUGAACUGUGUUCGUAUUUCUUUUGGGUGAAGAAUUAAUGUCAUAAAGGAUUGAGCGGUGGAGGAUCUGA